GUCAGGAAAUUUCCCAUUUGUGGUAGCGCACAUCAUACGGCUAAGCCAUCUAUUGAAGGCCCUCAACAGUUUGAACUUCAGAGCAGAGGAUUAGGCCCAAGGGCCAUGGUCCAAUUCUCUCUGCCAGUGGAAUUGUGGAGCAUGCCUACUCUGGCAUCACACCAAUUGCUAAAUUAUUGCGAUCGGUAGUUGUCAUACAUACAUAUACUCCUAAACGGUAGUUGUCAUACAUACAUAUACUCCUAAGGUCUCAUUUGACAUAACUCCAGAUCUUAGAUUUUUUUUAGUUAUUUUGACUAGCUCCAGAAAUCUUGUAUCUAAAGUUGCAGUGGAUUGAGAGUAUUUAGUUAAGCUAUCUAGUUUUUAUUUUAAAUUAAAAAUAAAGUUUAAACUACUUUAUUUUAUCAUACAAACUCUAGAUCCAGUAUAAAACUUGACAUUGAAGUUGUGCCAAACAAAUUCUAAGUCAUAACUUCUAACGUCAUUGGCUUGACCUGAAAGGCUGAAACCCAUUUCGACAACCUUUUUUAUGAUAAUAAAGAUGUAUGCACUCGGUCAAACUUGAAUCAGUCCAUUGCCUCUGAGUCUACAAAAGCUAAGAACCAGAAGAACAUGGUACCUGCUUAUGUGAGAGCAGUUGUUCAAGCCAUCUUCGAAUCUCAUCAACUAUGCAGGCACGCAACCGGACAUUCACCACCGGGCAUGGAGGUCUCUCGAGCUUCAACCAUGAAUUCCAGUCAGAUCCUGGGUUUUCUAUGACUUCCACCUACACACCUCGUUCCCGUGUGGUCAACAAGCAAGUCAGGAGCUCAAGAUCAUUCUGCGAAGGAGCUCGUGCGAUUGCAGGGUCAUGCGCAAACUGUUUUGCUCCUCGUCGAUCUAAAGUCGAGGAAGGGCAUGAGAAACCACCAGUCGAUGGCCAUGAUGUGUCUAUUAGUUCCAUUUCAAGAAUUUCGUCAGUAAGUAGCACAAGCACUAAUGCAUGCAAACAGAGGGCUGACAAUAGCCAAAGGAAGUCAUGGCAAGAACAGUUCUCAUUUCAGGAAAUUUACAUGGCUACUUCAAACUUCAGUGAACAAAACAAAAUUGGGUUAGGGAAUUUUGGCACUGUGUACCAGGGGAAGCUCAAGGAUGGAUCCAUCAUAGCUGUAAAGCGGGCCACUAAGAACAUGUAUGGCGGGCACCUAUCUGCAGAGUUUAGAAGUGAAAUCCAGACACUGUCAAAGGUUGAACAUUUGAACUUGGUGAAGUUUCUUGGGUACGUGGAGUACGAGGAUGAACGCCUAAUUCUGGUCGAGUAUGUCAAUAAUGGAACACUUCGUCAACACUUGGAUGGAUCUCGAGGAGAGCCAUUGGAAUUUUCACAUCGUCUCAACAUUGCUAUUGAUAUAGUUCAUGCCAUUGCCUACUUACACGGAUACACAGAUCAUCCAAUCAUCCACCGUGACAUCAAGUCGUCCAACAUUCUCCUAACACAACACCUGCGAGCAAAGGUUGCCGAUUUUGGCUUCGCGCGCCUAGCCCCCGACAACACUGAAGCGACCCACGUCUCGACGCUAGUGAAGGGGACGGCAGGAUACGUGGACCCCGAGUACCUGCGCACGAACCAGCUCACGGACCGCAGCGACGUCUACUCCUUCGGCGUCCUCCUCGUCGAGCUUGUCACCGGCCGACGCCCCAUCGAGCGCGGCCGCGGACGCCACCAACGCCUCACCACCCAGUGGGCGCUGCGGAAGUGCAGGGAGGGCGACGCGGUGGUGGCGAUGGACCCUCGGAUGCGGAGGAGCAGCGCGGCGGUGGCGGCGGCGGAGAAGGUGAUGGCGUUGGCGGCCGAGUGCAUGGCUCCGGAUCGCGCCGGGCGGCCAUCAAUGCGGCGUUGCGCUGAGGUGCUCUGGUCCGUGAGACGCGACUUCCAGCACGAGCAGCAGCGCGCGGCGGCCGCGGCCGCGGGAUCGAGGCGGCAUGAUGGCUCGACGUACGCACCGCCGUCGGUUACGAGUUGAGGCUUGAGGGGUCGGAGGAGUUGACAAGGUGCUUUGCGACACGAAGUUGACAAGAAUACACGGGAAAUUGGUGCGGACUGCGGAGUACCGUUGACUUGGUUCAAAAACUCGAGUUUAGUAUUUGAGCGUCGAGAGUUUUAAAAGGAAAACUGGUUUUGUAGCGCUGCAAAGUUCUGAAUUUGUCAAAACCAUGAAAGCGUGUUAGUUUAUUUUUUUAGUACCAGUGAAGUUUGCCUUGA